AUGCUGUCUCUUCGCUCCGCUGUGCGGAGAGCUUCCACCAAGCCCCUCCGAUCUCUCUCCGCACCGCUCACCGUUUCUCCCCUGCGAGCUCCUGCUCGUGCCUCCGCUGCCUCUUCUCAGCAGAAGCGAUGCUACUCCCGCGCUACAGAUUCGACUGUGAACACUCGGAACACCGUCGUCCAGUUGCUCAGCAACAUCGGCUCUAAGCGUGAGGUCCAGCAGUACCUCUCCCACUUCACCUCCGUCUCCUCCCAGCAAUUCGCCGUUAUCAAGGUUGGCGGUGCCAUUAUCACUGAGCAUCUGCAGACUCUGUCCUCCGCUCUAGCCUUCCUCAACCAUGUCGGCCUCUACCCCAUUGUCGUCCACGGAGCUGGCCCACAGCUGAAUCGUAUGCUGGAGGCUGCCGGUGUGGAGCCCCAUUUUGAAGAUGGAAUCCGGGUUACGGAUGGUAAGACACUGGCAUUGGCGCGCAAGCUGUUUUUGGAGGAGAACAUGAAGCUGACAGAGGAGCUGGAGCGCAUGGGUCCCAAGUAUAACCUUGUUGGCAAGAUCAAUGGCGUCGACAAGAAACCAAUCGAGUCAGCCAUUGCUGCUGGCUGCUUGCCAAUCCUUACCUCCAUGGCCGAGACCCCCGAUGGACAGGUGCUCAACGUGAACGCCGACGUGGCUGCUGGCGAGCUGGCCCGCGCUCUGCAGCCGUUGAAGAUCGUCUACCUUGCAGAGAAGGGCGGUCUGUUCAACGGCGACACCGGCGAGAAGAUCUCCGCCAUCAAUCUCAGACGAGGAUGGUGGGUCCGCCACGGUACUCGCUUAAAGAUCAAGGAGAUGAAGGAGCUGCUGAGUGACUUGCCUCGCUCUUCCAGUGUUGCUAUUAUUCACCCCGCUGAUCUUCAGAAGGAGUUGUUCACCGACUCCGGUGCCGGUACUCUUAUUCGUCGUGGUAACAAGAUCCAUGUCAAGAGCUCUUUGUCUGAAAUUGAGAACAUCCAAAGCUUGAAGGAUGUGCUGGUCCGUGAUCGCGAGGGUCUUGAUGCGCGUGCCGUUGUUGACCGCUAUGUCGAUGGCCUCAAGGAGCACGACUUCAAGGUCUACUACGAUGACCCUAUGGAGGCUUUGGCUGUCGUUCUGCCUCCCCAGAAGGGCUCUAUGAUCGCCCAGAUGGCCACUUUCACUAUCACCAAGUCGGGCUGGUUGACCAAUGUUGCUGACAAUGUGUUUGCCAGCGUCAAGAAGGACUUCAACAAGCUGGCUUGGACCGUGAAGGAGGACGAUGAGAAUCUGUCAUGGUUCUUUGACAAGGCCGACGGUAGCCUGAGCCGCGAUGGUGAAGUUCUCUUCUGGUACGGAGUUGUGGACGGCGAAGAGGUCAAGCAAUUGGUUCAGGAGUUCACCAAGAACGGCCGCCAGAUGUUCGGUGACAUCAACCUUGAAUCCCGUCUCUCUCGUGCCCACGAGGCUGCUUCCAGCAUCCUGUCCAAGGGCUUCGGAGCUAGCGCUGCCUCUACUGAGCAGAAGCGUGCAUUCUCCACUACCUCCAACCCUCUUCGUGCCAACCGCAUGAUGCGGCCCUCUGUUGCCGUGAAUGGAAUUCGUACCUAUGCUACCACUAACCCCAAUCCUCCUCUCGGCGAGAAGAACGCCUCAAACGGUCAACCCGCCAAAGUCGCUCUCAUUGGUGCUCGUGGCUACACUGGCCAGGCUCUCAUCAACUUGAUCAACGCUCACCCCAAUAUGGAUCUUCGCCACGUUUCCUCGCGCGAGCUGGCUGGCAAGAAGCUUCAGGGCUAUGACAAGCGGGAGAUCAUCUACGAGAACCUCAGCCCUGAAGAUGUGCGUAAGAUGUCCGCUAACGGUGAUGUUGACUGCUGGGUGAUGGCUCUGCCUAACGGUGUCUGCAAGCCCUUUGUCGAUGCGGUCGACCAGGGCGCUGACAAGGGCAACGUGAUCAUCGAUCUCAGCGCUGACUACCGAUUUGAUGAGAAGUGGACCUACGGUCUGCCCGAGCUGGUUGACCGCUCCAAGAUCGCUCGUGCUACUCGCAUCGCCAACCCCGGAUGCUACGCCACUGCUGCUCAGCUUGGCAUUGCCCCUCUCGUUCCUUUCCUCGGUGGCCAGCCCACUACCUUCGGUGUCUCUGGCUACUCUGGUGCUGGCACCAAGCCCAGUCCCAAGAACGACGUCCAGUUCCUCACCAACAACAUCAUUCCUUACAGCUUGACUGACCACAUUCACGAGCGUGAAAUCAGCGCCCAGCUCGGCACUAGCAUUGCCUUCAUCCCCCACGUUGCCGUCUGGUUCCAGGGUAUCCACCACACUAUUAGCAUUCCCCUGAAGCAGGAGAUGACCUCCCGCGACAUUCGCAACCUUUACCAAGACCGUUACGCCGGCGAGAAGCUCGUUAAGAUCACUGGCGAGGCUCCAUUAGUCAAGAAUAUUGCCGGCCGCCACGGCGUGGAGAUCGGUGGCUUCGCUGUCCACUCCAGCGGUAAGCGCGUGGUUGUCUGUGCUACCAUUGACAACCUGCUCAAGGGAGCUGCCACUCAAUGUCUUCAGAACAUGAACUUGGCUCUGGGCUACUCCGAGUACGAGGGUAUUCCUUUGGAGUAA